CGUUAAAAAAUCGUUCUUCAGUCAGUCGUAAUUUUUCGCUCGCGCUGAGAGAUGGCAGCAUAAGCUCGUGUCCAAAAUGAAAUUUGUCUGAACAAACGACCCCUUCCUCAACUCAACAGCACGCGGUGCGUAAAUAUUGUUGCGAUUCGGAGCAAAGUGAAAAUUCAGUGAUUUAAUAACUUUAGAUAAUUCAAAAUGAAAACUAAGAAGGAUCGUAAGCAAAAACCUGUACUCAAAGUGAAGAAGGAACCCAAAUCUGGAGACACAACCCUCAAGAAAGCAGUGAAGAAUGUCAAAGACAUAUUGAAGAAAGCCACGAAUAAGAAAGCAAGUACAGUAGUGAAGAAAGAAACGAAGCCAAUACUGAAGAGACCAGUGAAAAAAGACACGAAAGCCGAUAAAGAAAAGAAUCGGUCCCUGAGUUUCAUCAGAAUCGAUAAAACGAAGGGAAAGAAACAAAUAAAAAAAGCUCUUGUGAAGAAAGAGCCAGCAAACGUGACACAAUCUGAAAAAGGAUUGAUUUACAUUGGGCAUAUACCGCAUGGAUUUUAUGAGGAGCAGAUGAAAGAAUAUUUCUCACAGUUUGGAAAAGUCACGCGAGUUCGAGUAUCGAGAUCUAAGAUCACUGGACACAGUAAAGGCUAUGGUUACGUUGAAUUUUUACACCCAGAAGUUGCAAAAAUCGCUGCAGAAUCCAUGAAUAAUUAUUUGAUGAGUGGUAGACUUGUAAAAGCGGAAUACAUACCACCAGAAAAGCAACACCAGCAUUACUUCAAUGGCUCAAACUGGAAAAUCGGAGGCCAUCCGAAAUUGAAAAGAAGAAUGAAGGCAGUUCGCCGUAACAAUGGCCCAAUACCAAACGCUGAACAUAAUAAAUUUGUCAAAAAGACUGUCAGCAAACUCUCGAAAUUGUCGGAGGUAUUGAAAAAUGAGGGCAUUGACUUCAAGAUGAAGUUGGGCGAUGUAGAAAUUUAAAUACAUGUUCAUAAAUUUUAUUAUAUUA